UUCAGGAAAAAAAGUGGAUUUUCUAACCCUUCCUCCUUACCUACAGGAGACGAAGGUUGGUACGUAGAAGUUUGGCGAAACCAAAACUAUUACACGCUGGUUUCAAGGACGUGGCGGUUGGCAACUCUCUCAAAGGUGGGAGAUGCCUGUAAAGUGCAAGAGAAAACAGGUGAAAUUCAAAAUGGGCACAUCUCGCCGUGUCCUUCACAAUUUCAGUCACAUAUCCCAUAAAAGCUUUCGAGUUGGACGGACGGAGCCAGUAUCACAAAACGUUUAUGCGGAAUUAGGGGUCAGUUUAUUUUUCUCAGAUUAUUGUAUUCGCCAAUUCUAGUAGUGUCCGUUAUAAUUUCCCUUUGGAAGACGUCAAAAGAAAUGGCAUCACGUGAAUUUCUAAUGGAGCAUUAUAGUGCAGCAAUCCAACAGGAGUUGGAAGAUAAGCUGAUGAAUUUAAUGGCGGACAAGAAUUCUAAUUUGAACGAAAUCGAUGCUUUGAUCGGUCAAGGUGUUAACAUAAAUUGCGUCAAUCGUGAAGGUUUGACUCCACUUCUGCAACUGGUCAAGCUAAACCAUGCGAGAAACGAUUUAAUGGAUGUGAUUCACUUGUUGUUGGAUCAAAACGAUAUUGACAUCAAUUGCAAAGAUAACGAAGAAUGGAAUGCUCUUUAUUAUUUGUGUCGCCUUUAUCAGAAACCGAAUUUGAUUGAUAUUAUUCUGUUGUUGAUUCAACGGGGAAUCCAAGUCGACUGGACCAACAAACUGAGGCAAAAUGCGUUACUAUUACUGUGCCAACAUUAUCCGCACGAAAAUAUGCUCGAUAUUAUUCAAAUUUUCAUUGAUAAUAAUACCAAUAUCAGAUGGACUGACGAUGACGGAUGGAAUGCUCUGCAUCAUUUGUGCAAUAAGUACAAACAAUCGAAUUUAGUGGACAUCAUUCGUCUUUUAGUAGAACACGGAAUGGACAUUACAUGCAACAAUGGUGGCGCAUGGAACGCAUUUCAUAUUCUAUGUCAUGAAAAGACGGAAGACGAUUGUAUGGAUUUAAUUAAACUUUUUAUCAAUCUUGGAAUAGAUGUCAAUAGUAAGAAUAACGGGGGAUGGAACGCGCUACAUUGUUUGUGUCAAAAUUAUCAGAAGGAUAAUCUGAUUGACAUUGUUCGAAUUUUUAUCGAUCAUGGUAUCGACAUCAAUUGUAUUAACGACAAUGGAUGGAAUGUUCUACAUAUUCUAUGUAAUCGGAACACGGAAGAAAAUUUGAUUGAUUUAAUUCAACUGUUGAUUGAUCGCGGAAUAGACGUCAAUAGUAAGAAUAACUGGGGAUGGAAUGCGUUACAUUUUUUGUGUAAAACCUAUAAGAAGGAUAAUCUAAUUGACAUCAUUCGACUUUUUAUUAACAACGGUAUCGAUAUCAAGUGUAAUAACGGUAGUGGAUGGAACGUUCUACAUAUUUUGUGCAGGUCUUGCUCGAAUCUCGACAAUUUGGUUGAGAUGGUUCAGCUUUUGGUUGAAAAUGGAAUCGACGUUGAUUGCCAGAGCCAUUUUGGUAGAGGAGGUAAUGCAUUCCAAAUUUUGUGCAAGUCCAAUGCAAAUGCUAAACUGCACAAUACACUUAAACUACUUCUUGAGAAGAAUUAACUACAAGAAACAAAAAAUAUUAUCAGCAACCU